AUAUAACCUGGGCUCUCCCAGGGCACUACCGUUGGAAUAAGGUGAAAGAUUCUUAAGGAACUCCUUCUAUUGCUUGGGCUGCCAUUGCAGGGAUUCAGAUUGCUGUGGCGCUGGGACUGUUUGGAAAAGUGUGAUCUGGGAUCCUGCCCUGCUCUUGGAUGAAGUUAGGAAGCUGAAGAGGAUGGCUUCAGAUGAGCUGGUCUUCUUUGUCAAUGGCAAGAAGGUGGUGGAGAAGAAUGUGGACCCGGAAACUACUUUGCUAACCUACCUUCGAAGGAAACUGGGCUUAUGUGGAACGAAGCUGGGCUGCGGAGAAGGUGGAUGUGGUGCCUGCACUGUUAUGAUUUCCAAGUUCGACAGAUCCCAGAAGAAAACCAUACAUUUUUCUGCAAAUGCUUGUUUAUUUCCUAUCUGUGCUCUCCACCAUGUAGCAGUAACUACCAUUGAAGGCAUAGGAAGCACAAAGACAAGGCUGCACCCAGUGCAGGAAAGAAUAGCCAAAAGCCAUGGGUCUCAGUGUGGUUUCUGCACUCCUGGCAUUGUUAUGUCCAUGUACACGCUCCUUCGCAAUCAGCCUGAACCCAAAAUGGAAGCAAUUGAAGAUGCUUUCCAAGGAAAUCUCUGCCGCUGUACUGGAUACAGGCCCAUUCUGGAGGGUUACCGGACAUUUGCAAAGGAUGGGGGAUGCUGUGGGAAUAAAGUUAAUGGUCUUGGUUGCUGCAUGGCUGGAAAGCAAAAUAAUGUGGGUGAGGGUUGCUGUGGAGAAAAAGUGAACGGCUGUUGCAUGAAUGGAAAAGAGAACAAUACUGGAUUGAUCUCCUCAGAGCUGUUCAAUCCAUCUGAGUUCCAGCCUUUAGACCCUACCCAGGAGCCGAUAUUCCCACCAGAGUUAUUGACUCACACUGAUCAGCCUCAGAAGCAACUAUGCUUCAAAGGGGAGCGAGUGAUGUGGUUUCAGCCCUCAAGCCUCAAGGAACUGUUGGUGCUCAAAGCUCAGUACCCAACUGCCAAGCUUGUGGUGGGGAACACUGAAGUAGGUAUUGAAAUGCGGUUAAAGAACAUGCUGUACCCUGUGAUCAUAGCACCAACUUGGAUCCCUGAAAUGAACUCUGUUCAGCACACAGAGGAGGGAAUUAGUUUUGGAGCCUCAUGCUCUCUGAGCCACAUGGAAGAGGUUCUGCAAAAAGCGGUGGCUCACCUUCCUCCUUACAAAUCAGAGGUGUUUCAAGCGGUCCUAGAACAACUGAGGUGGUUUGCAGGGCCUCAGAUCCGAAAUGUUGCUGCUCUUGGGGGAAAUAUAAUGACUGCAAGUCCAAUAUCUGACCUAAAUCCAGUGUUUAUGGCAAGUGGGAGCAAACUGACCUUGGCAUCAAAUGAGGGAAGGAGGACUAUAAGGAUGGAUGAGACAUUCUUCACUGGUUAUAGGAAGACUAAGCUUAAACCUCAGGAAAUACUGCUCUCAGUUGAGAUUCCCUUCAGCAGGAAGGGUGAAUAUUUCUCAGCAUUCAAGCAAGCUUCAAGGCGGGAGGAUGACAUUGCUAUAGUGACCUGUGGGAUGAGAGUCCUGUUUCAAGAAGGAACUGAUCAAGUGCAAGAUAUUAAGCUGAGCUAUGGAGGAAUGGCUCCCACAACUGUAUUGGCUGUUAAAACUUGUCAGGAGCUCAUUGGAAGGGAGUGGAAGGAAAAGCUCUUGCAGGAAUCCUGUCGCCUGCUGGCUGGCGAGAUGAACCUGUCCCCUUCAGCCCCGGGUGGCAUGGUGGACUUCCGACGGACCCUUGUCCUCAGCUUCUUCUUCAAGUUCUAUCUCACGGUGCUUCAGAAAUUAGGCAGGGAACUCAAUGGCAACAAUAAUCUUGCUGAUACGGUCCCUGCUAGGUAUGCCAGCGCCACUCAAUUAUUUCACAAGGAUCCUGUUAAAAAUGUACAGUUUUUCCAGGAAGUGCCUCCUGGACAGUCCGUUGAAGACAUGGUGGGGAGACCCCUUGUGCAUCUUUCAGCUGCCAAGCAAGCAAGUGGGGAGGCAGUCUAUUGUGAUGACAUUCCUCACUACGAGAAUGAGCUGUACCUAACACUAGUUACCAGCACCAAAGCCCAUGCCAAGAUUGUUUCUAUUGACACCACAGAGGCCCAGAAUGUCCCUGGUUUUGUCUGUUUUGUCUCCGCUAAGGAUGUUCCAGGGAGUAACGUCACUGGGAUUGCUAAUGAUGAAACCGUCUUUGCAAAGGACACUGUCACAUGCGUUGGCCACAUCAUUGGUGGAAUAUUGGCAGACACACAAGAACAUUCCCGAAGAGCUGCCAGAGCAGUGAAGAUCACAUAUGAGGACCUUACACCAAUUGUCACCAUUGAGGAAGCCAUUGAAAAACAGUCCUUCUUUGAGCUUGUGAGGAAGAUUGAGAAAGGGAACAUCCAGAAAGGAUUUGAAGAGGCUGAUCAUAUUGUGGAAGGUGAGAUAUAUAUCGGUGGACAGGAGCAUUUUUAUCUGGAGUCUCACUGUACUAUUGCUGUGCCAAAGAGAGAAGAUGGAGAAAUGGAGCUCUUUGUAUCUACUCAGAACCUAACAAAGACACAGGAAUUUGUUGCCAAUGCCUUAGGGGUCCCGUCAAAUCGAAUUGUGGUUCGAGUCAAGAGAAUGGGAGGAGGAUUUGGAGGCAAAGAGACAAGAAACACCAUUCUCUCUACAGUUGUAGCAGUGGCUGCAGAUAAGACUGGUCGCCCAGUAAGAUGCAUGCUGGAUCGAGAUGAAGAUAUGCUGAUUUCUGGUGGAAGACAUCCCUUUUUGGGGCAGUAUAAGGUUGGCUUUAAGAAGAAUGGAAGGAUUACUAGUCUAGAUGUGACAUAUUACAGCAAUGGAGGGAAUUCUGUUGAUCUUUCUCAUGGCGUUAUGGACAGAGCAUUGUUUCACAUGGACAACUCGUACAACAUUCCAAACAUCAGAGGCAUAGGCAAAGUCUGCAGAACCAACUUGUCCUCCAACACAGCAUUCCGUGGGUUUGGGGGUCCCCAGGGAAUGAUGGUUACUGAGUGCUGGAUGAGCGACAUUGCCAUGAAGUGUGGGCUGCCAGCAGAAGAGGUUCGAAAACUCAAUCUCUAUAAUGAAGGAGACCUGACUCACUUCAAUCAAAAGCUAGAAGGAUUCACCUUGCGAAGAUGUUGGGAUGAGUGCCUUGCAAAUUCGGACUAUCACUCCAGAAGGAAACUUAUUGAUGAGUUUAACCGGAAGAAUCGCUGGAAGAAGAGGGGCAUGGCCAUUAUUCCAACCAAGUUUGGGAUCAGCUUCACAGUUCCCUUCCUGAAUCAGGCUGGUGCCCUGGUACAUGUGUACACGGAUGGGUCAGUGCUGCUCACGCAUGGUGGAACUGAGAUGGGCCAGGGCCUCCAUACCAAGAUGAUCCAGGUUGCCAGCAGGACUCUUGGAAUUCCCACCUCCAAGAUCUACAUCAGUGAGACAAGCACCAACACAGUGCCAAAUGCAUCUCCAACAGCUGCUUCUGUUAGUGCUGAUAUCAAUGGGAUGGCUGUCUUGAAUGCUUGCCAGACCAUCCUGAAGAGAUUGGAGCCAAUCAAACUUGCUAAGCCAAAAGGUUCCUGGGAAGACUGGGUGUCAGCAGCCUACUGUGAUUGUGUGAGUUUGUCGGCUACAGGAUUUUACAGAAUUCCAGACCUUGGGUAUGACUAUGAGAAAAAUGAAGGAAAGCCCUUUUGCUACUUCUCUUAUGGCGUGGCUUGUUCUGAGGUUGAGAUUGACUGUCUGACAGGUGACCAUAAGAAUGUCCGCACAGACAUCGUGAUGGAUGUUGGCACCAGCUUGAACCCGGCUAUAGAUAUAGGGCAGAUAGAAGGAGCCUUUGUCCAAGGAGUUGGGCUUUUUACCCUGGAGGAGCUGCGUUAUUCCCCAGAAGGCAACCUGUACACCCGCGGACCUGGAAUGUACAAAAUCCCUGCAUUCGGUGACAUCCCAACAGAGUUUCAUGUGUCUCUUCUCCGGGACUGUCCAAACAGCAAAGCCAUCUAUUCAUCCAAGGCUGUUGGUGAACCUCCCUUGUUCCUGUCAGCCUCCGUGUUUUAUGCCAUCAAAGAUGCCAUCGUCUCUGCCAGGGAAGAAUCGGGACUGAAGGAGCCAUUCCGACUAGACAGCCCAGCCACCCCAGAGAGAAUACGCAAUGGUUGUGUGGAUAACUUCACCAAACUGUGUCCAUCUGCUGAGCCGGGCACCUUUAAGCCCUGGUCUGUGAGAGUAUGAAUGAAGUAACCUCUAGGAACCAUCUCCACACAUGAAGCUGGUUUCACCUCAGGGGACCAAAAGGAAGCAAUGACUCACUGCUAAAAACAGAUCUGUGUUCCUGCACUUGCCCUGCAGAUUCAUGAAGCUUUAUAAUUUAAUAGCUGAAUCGUCCAUUGCCUAAGGAAAGGGUUCCUGUUGGUGGAAUACAGCUGGCGUGAAAUGUAACAAAGAGGGGGAAAAUGUAUGGUUUUGCUCUCUGUGAAAUCUGAAAUCCUUACGUAGUUCAUUUAAGCUCAUGGCAAAGAUCAGCGAAACUUGUUUGCUAAUACGUUCACUUUUACAGUGUAAUCAUGACAUUCAAUGAAAUGCUAAUUUGAAUUGAUUGUGAUGCAGCCAGUCCCCCCUUUUCAGUUUUCCAUCCUUCCUCUUUUGGAUGUAUGAUUGCAAGUAACAAUGAGGGCAGGACCCCAUUGCAUCCUCUCUCUGAAUCAUAAGGAUGUGGGAAGUUCAUUAACAUUUAGCUAAUGAGAUCCCAGCCUCCACUCCCACCUUCUACUUUGCUUCUGUAUGCUGAGGAUAUGAGAUAACACUGGAAGCAAAUGCACAAGGGUUGGCUAAUGUCAUGAUCCUCAGUAUAGUUACUGAGUAGGUAGAUAUGUUGAUUUCAGUACCACUUACUCCAAGUGUGCUUGGAGCUGAUGUUUAAGAGAGUUAGGGGGAAAUAGCUAUUACCUAGGUGCUUAUGAAUUAUGGAGAGCCAGUUUGCAUCCCAUAGUUAAGAGGGCCAGGUCCAAAAGUGGCCAGGAUUCCUGUAUCUUUUAUUGGCUGUGCAGAACAGAUGACAAGCUAUGCCUGCUGAAAUUCUCUCUUCUACGCAACCAUUAGAAGAGCAGAAGUCUUGCCCUGUUUGUGCAUCUGGCCACCUCACUUAUGGUGCAUUCCCCUCAUUUGGUUUUGCUGAAAGUAGACCAGGGUAAAUCUGCUAGGUUGCAAAAAUAUGAAUGUGUUGAGGCUCACAAGGGACUGCUUUCGCACAUUACUUGGCCUUACAGAGGGGUUAUGAAAAACACUCCAUCAGAAAGAUAUUUAGCUAGGCUUUCCUUUAUAUUCUUCCUGAGCUAUGAUGCUUUGUGCAGCAGGCACUAAAUCCCAUUUGCUAGCCAUUUGCAAAUCUCCUAGAGUUACUAUUAUAUCAUUCUGCAAACUUGUCUUCAAAGUUUCAGGUGAAUCCCUCCGAAUGAACUGAAGCAAAUUGUACAGUUAUAUCUGAAAUUUCAUGCAGAUUGCUGUAAUCAGUUGACAAAAGAAUGGUCCUUGAACGAUGGCACAAUGCAGAGAGUCUUGGCCAGUUGGCCAGGUUUGCUCCGAGAUUAACCUGUGUUUCCCAAAGGUGUAUCAGUUCAUAAUAGAGCUGUUUGAAUGAAAAGUCUGCACUCCAUUUUCCCAGACCGCAUAAUGUUGUAUUUCCUAUGCUAAACAGCUCCUUUUCAUAUCAAAACAAAACAACCUUAUGGGAACUAGCUCUCAGAGAGAAUUAGACAUGAACUUAUCCCUGAAAUGUUCAGGAAUCAGUGCACUGCAUCGUUCAAGGAAAUGGAUUUGCAUCAUGCCUUUGGGACAGAGUUGUCUUGUUGACAUUGGAUGUGCUAUAUGAAAGCAGAGUGCUUUCUGGAACUUCUGAGACAGAAGCAUACUCAACAUUCAUGGAUGCUUCAUUUUCUUGAUUGCCACUAGUAAAUGGUGUUCUCACAAUGUAAGAAAAUAGCCUGCCAGAAGCAAAUAUGUGCAUGAGCCAAUGACAAUUGAAACGCUUGCUGCUUUUCUAAGGGUUUGCUUAGUAUGCUAAUAUGCCCAUCUUGACUUUGGGGCAUUAAAUGCUCUUCUGCAACUGUUUAAUAAUUAUGACCUGACACUAUUGCCAUUUACCAAAAUGACUCCUAGCUGUUGAUAGAGAACAAUUUCUGUUCUGUUGAAAUAAACAGAUCAAUCAU